GGUGUUGGAAGUUUGCGCACAUGGUUUCUCGAGGUGCAGAAUUCCUGUUGUGAAGUGUUUUGAUCUGCGAAAACCGAGGAAAUUCGCCAUGCCCAAAGUGAGAUCUGCAUCGGGGCGGCCCCGGAAGGAGGGCUUCAACCGCUCCAAUCACAGUCUGAACGCUGAGCGCCCCAAGGAGGGGCUGAAGGGCGUCGGACAGCCCCGAACGAGGGCCACAAUCAAUCGUCUGCAGAUGUACAGGAACUUCCGGGCGAAGCGCGACAGGCGCGGGAAGAUCCUCACUCCGGCGCCCUUCCAGGGGCGCCUGGCGUCCGGCACGGUGGCGCGCGUGGAGCCCAGCGUGAAGUGGUUCGGCAACUCGAGGGUGAUUUCGCAGAAUGCGCUGCAGAAGUUCCAGGAGGAGAUGGGAAAUGCCGUGAAGGAUCCGUACAAAGUCAUCCUCAAGCCCACGGAGCUGCCCAUCACGCUGCUGAACGAGUCGGCCAAGUACCAGAAGGUGCACCUGCUGGACACGGAGAGCUUCGAGACGACGUUCGGGCGGAAGAAGCAGCGCAAGCGGCCGAAUCUCGGCGUCCGGGACUUGGCCGACAUGUCCAGGAGUGCCGAGGAGCUGGGCGAGAAGUACAGCGAGGCACAGGACCACGAUCUCGUGCGCGAGGACGACGGCGUGAAGGACGCCGUGCGCGAUUGGGUGUUCGGCGCUGGCCAGAGCAAGCGCAUCUGGAAUGAGCUGCACAAGGUGGUGGACUCGUCGGAUGUGCUGCUGCAGGUGCUGGACGCGCGCGAUCCGCUGGGCACGCGCUCGCGCUUCAUCGAGGAGUUCCUGCGCAAGGAGAAGCCGCACAAGCACCUCUUCCUGGUGCUGAACAAGGUGGAUUUGGUGCCCACGUGGGUGACGCAGCGCUGGGUCAGCGUGCUGUCCAGAGAGUAUCCCACGAUCGCCUUCCACGCCUCCCUCACGCACCCCUUCGGCAAGGGGGCGCUGAUCAACCUGCUGCGCCAGCUGGGGAAGCUGCACAUCGACAAGCGGCAGAUCUCGGUGGGCUUCAUUGGCUACCCGAAUGUGGGAAAGUCUUCUGUGAUCAACACGCUGCGCAGCAAGAAGGUGUGCAACGUGGCGCCGAUCGCCGGCGAGACGAAAGUGUGGCAGUACAUCACGCUGAUGAAGAGGAUCUUCCUCAUUGACUGCCCGGGCGUCGUGUAUCCCUCGGCCGAGACAGACGCCGAGAAGGUGCUGAAGGGCGUUGUGCGCGUGGAGCUGGUGACGAAUCCCGAGGACUACGUGACGGAGGUGCUGAAGCGCGUGCGCAAGGAGUACAUCGUGCGGACGUACAGAGUCACUGGCUGGGAGGACACGCACAACUUCCUGGAGCAAGUGGCCAAGAAGACGGGGAAGCUGCUGAAGGGCGGCGAACCAGACACGGCCGUCGUGGCCAGAAUGGUGCUGAACGAUUGGCAGCGCGGCAAGUUGCCGUUCUACAUCGUGCCCGAGGGCUACGAGACGCCCAAGAGUCGAGAAUCGCAGGACGCCGAGCUGGCGGAGCCCGUGAAGAAGGGCAGAGAGCUGAAGCAGGCGCAGGACUUCAGGAAGAUCCGCGUUAAUUUAGAAUUCGAGGCGGACGAGGUGAAGGAGUUGGACGCCAUGGAUGUGGAGCUGCUGGAGAAGCAGCGCCAGGAGCGCAAGAAGCGAAAAGCCACCGCCCAGGAGGAUGACGAGUCAUCUUCCGGUCUGUCGGACGUGUACAGUGAGGAUGAAUUCAACGAGGCGUCGGGAAAAGUGGUACGCAAGCGCGGCAAGAGGAUCGUCACGCCAUCCGGCAACUUCACCGUGGAGGACGUGCAGCCGAAGAUGACGGCCAAGGCCAGGCGGGCGCUGCAGCGAUCGCAGAAGCGCAAGAAGGUGGGCAGCAACUUCUACGAAGUGGCGAACGUGAAGAAUCGCAGCUACAGAUAAAAAGACGAGCAUGUUUUCUCUGGAUAAAAAUCAUGUUUCUUUCUUUUUAAUUACUUUCCUGGCUCCGCGACACAUUCGCCCAGAAAUGCCUUCAUUAUUGUGUGUUGUGCUUUUGUGCAAGAAAAAUCGAUUUCGCGCGUUGCAGUCAAAGUUCUUGGGCAAAUUUGUCACUCAAUUCUGUCCUUUCUCGGCCUAUUUAAAAUUACAAAAUAAAAUAUGAUUCAUCAUUGUAUA